GGAAGAAAGAAUCAAUCACAGCUUUCAAAUUUCUUUUUGUCAUCUCUAACGAUUCAUCGAUAAACCCCUCCUCCUCGGUUCAAUGGACAACACUUCAGCUUCUUCUUCUUCUUCUUUGGCUGCAACUGCAAUCCCCCGACAAUCCCAAUGGCUUCAAACCACUCUAUCAGAUUUGGAGGAGAAAAUGAAAGCCAUGACGACCCUUCUUCAGGAAUCUGAUAAUUCAAAAUCCUCAUGUCAAAUGGCUCAUAUUUCUCACAACUGGAAACAACAACUUGUUCAAAUGUUGGGAGAGUUAAACAGGUCUUACUGUUCUUUAGCACAUAAGUAUGAUCAGUUGAGGUCUAAAUCACAAAGGGUCCUGGAAGCCUCUAAUGAUCCUAUACGAGAGGCCUUCGAUACUUGCGACGAGCCUGUCAUGGAUGAUUCUGAUUAUGAACAUCACAUAUCUGACUUUGAAUACCUUAACGAGUUAGCAGAUGAUCUAGUAUUAACACGACAAUGCGAUAUGUCUUUCAUGAAAAAGCCCGGAGAACAAACGAACCGAGAAUUUUCGGAAGAAGAGGAUGUUGUUUUGAAGGUUAAUGAUGAGUUUCAAAGAUUUAAUCCUAAAGCUGUAGAGUUUGAAAAGGAGUGUACAUGGUUUCAAUUUACAAAGCUCAUGGAGGAGAAUCUACGGCAGCAAGCAGAACUAUUAAGUAGGAAUAAUGAGAAGAGAGAAACCAUCAAUCGGUUACGGCUAAAACUCGAGCAGGUAAAGAGUGAGAACAAGAUCCUACAACUGCAGAAGUGCCUCUAUUGCUCAAAAGUUGGUGUGAAGCGCAAUCAUUCUCAGAAUUCAAGAUCAACAGGACUAUUUCUAGGCAAGUUCUUCAAUGGAGGUUGCUCAUAGUUUUUUAUUUUUAAAUUUCCCAUUUGUUGAUCUUUUGUUAGCAUUGGUACAUUGGUGACUCCAAAGAAUGAUCUGUAAUUAAGUUGUCUGCAGUUCCUUCUAUCAAUUCAAUAAACAGUUUAUAUCAA